AUGGACGAAUACAUUGCAAGAAGAGCAGAGGCCUUGAAGGCUGCAAAGAACAUCGUCAUGAAGUCCCCUGACCCGGAGGAGGGGCUGGUUCGGAAGAUUCUCAUCCACCAGGAACUCCUCUCAAACAGAGACAUUGCUCUGAACAAGGACUUCUAUUCAAUUUUGAACAGUAAGGUCAGUGCCAAGCCUGAGAUGGUUGAUCUGAUCAACAAGAAGGAGCAGGUGGAGUGUGUUCGGGUGGAGAAGAGACUCAUUUGUCCAAUCAGCCAGAAGGAGGUGGUUGAUCCGUAUGUUGGAGAGUGCGGACAUGUGCUGGAGAAGAAGGAGGCCAUGAAAUACAUAAGGAAUAGCACAAGGCCUGUCUGCCCGCAGAUUGGAUGCAACAAGAGGUUGACGAAGAAGAGGAGGUAG